AUGUUAACGAGUUAUCGCCGGAUGACUGCCGGUGCCAGUGCCGCCGCGAUGCCGGCGGCAAAUCCUCACAUUCCGCGUCGACACUCAGUAAUUCUGCAAAUGGACCGUCCACAGCUCCAGCUCCGAGGUAGAGUAGGAGGACACGGCGUUUUACGAUCGAGGAAUUGGGUAAUUGAGGCGGCGGUGGGGUCCAUGGGAGGAAGAGGAUUGAGAUCGACAGGCGAGGAGGAUGUGAAGAGGAAGGUCCAGCCACCAAAGUGUUGUUCGUGCGACCAUCAACAUCAGGAGGUUGUGGCGGUGGAGAAGAGUAUAGGCGGUGAUCGGAGGGUGGAGGUGGUGGUUGCGGCAGCGACGACGGUGGUGCUGGGCGUAGGCAAUCGGGUGCUCUACAAGCUUGCGUUAGUCCCUCUCAAGCACCAUCCAUUCUUUCUCGCUCAACUCGCCACUUUCGGGUAUAUAGUUGUAUACUUCUCUAUCUUGUAUCUCCGUUAUCAGGCUGGCAAAGUCACUGAUGAAAUGCUAUCUUUGCCCAAGUUUCCACUAAUUGCUGUAGGCCUCUUGGAGGCUCUUGCUGCUGCAUCUGGAAUGGCUGCAGGAGCUAUUCUUUCUGGUGCAGCAAUUCCUAUUCUAUCUCAGAGCUUUCUUGUUUGGCAACUUAUCCUGUCUUAUAUCCUUCUUGGGAGGAGAUAUAGUUUUAACCAGUUGUUUGGAUGCUUUCUUGUGGCAGUUGGAGUUAUCAUAACGGUGGCAAGUGGAUCUGGUGCCGAUUCUCUGAUGGGAGCUGGUAUCUUUUGGAGUCUGUUGAUGAUCAUUUCUUUCUUGUUACAAGCUGCUGAUACAGUCUUGAAGGAAAUAAUAUUUUUGGAUGCUGCUCAAAGAUUAAAGGGAGGCAGCGUGGAUCUAUUUGUUAUAAACUCUUUUGGAUCUGCUUAUCAGGCAGCUUUCAUAUGCCUCCUGAUACCCUUCUUAUCAAACUUAUGGGGUAUUCCAUUCAGUCAACUUCCAAAUUAUCUUAAAGAUGGUUCAGCCUGCUUUUUGAACAUUGGUACCGUGUCAAAGAGCUGUGAUGGUGCACCUUUACUGCCACUGCUCUUUAUUAUUGUGAAUAUGUGUUUCAAUGUUUCCUUGCUGCAUCUGCUCAAGAUCUCUUCUGCUGUGGUAUCUUGUCUAGCAUCAACAUUUUCAGUGCCAAUAUCUGUGUAUCUAUUCACGUUGCCUCUCCCUUAUCUUGGGGUUGCAUCCUCCCUACCACCUGGCUUUGUAGGAGGUGCCGUUGUCCUUGUUGUGGGUGUGCUUUUUUACACUUGGAGACCGUCAGAGAGUUCCAAAUGUGAUGCCUCUCUCGUGAGUUAG